UCGAAGUAGCAAUAGAUACCUUAUGCUAACCAAUGCCGUGAUGCAGACAGGUUUCCUCCUGACAAUACGCAAUCACGUUUAUAAUACAACCGUUUUGAAUGCUAUGCUUCCUUGGUUCCGUAUUGGGAAAUCAUUAUCAACUACGGCAUAAUGCCUCUCCAAUCUUUAGAAGCAAAUACUCCUUAACCUGUCGGCAUCCGAGCUAUCUAGACCAAAGGGCGAUUUUGCACUUAAAGCAACGCUGUUCUGCUUCCAGGAUGCUCUUGAGUUUUCAACAGCUGCUACAAUUCUGAGGCCCUCGGUCAUCAAGACAUCGUUCCCAAAUCCAUGAUGAACUCCCGAUAUCCCCAGGCCCACUCACGCGGUCUUUUGCGCCGAAGCUACAUAACCCCUCGGCCAUCAUCCACUGACCGAUACGGCCGUAUAGCAGACCUCUAUCCAGACUUUGAUGGACUGCGCAUCGAUCCUCGUGUGGGCCAAGUAUUCUUAGAUGUGGGCAACGAUGUCUUCAAUGUCAGGCCAAGAAACUGGACCAGUGCAUCAAGAUUUCAAGACACUGCUGCAGAGCCUGAGCAAUUAGUAGCGACAUCGGAAAUAGAAACCGCAAGAAGACGAGGUCAGAACAUCAGAAACUUGGGCCGACUGUCUCCACGACCGGAAUUCGUUGAUGAAUAUGGCGAGAAAAGUUCCAAACCCGGGAUUACUUACGAGAGGAAGGAAGCACUCCCUUUUGUCAGUGCCAUGAAGGGGCUGCAUCGCAAGCUUGAAGCAGCUAAGCAGAUCUAUAUCCACUUUCAAUCCGAAUACGAUACCGAAACUGAGUCAAUCAAGAAAUACGCAACCAAGGAGAUAUUGGAAGAUCUAUGGACUUCAAAAAUGAGAAGCAAGAAAGGUAGAAGCGUCCUUCUUGAGGACCAGCAUGGAGAUGAAGAUAAUAGAUAUGGGUACGAAGAGAAAUUUGUGGGAUGGAAGAGGAAGAUCGCUCAAGCUCUAGAUGAAGUUCUCAAUUCGUCCAUCAAGAAAGGAACGCUGAAUACUCCCAAGAACAUCACCCGCUAUCAAUCCAUGGUGCGUCUCAGAGAGAAGGUCUACACAGCAAAUCGACAGAUCUUGCCCUUGCUCGAUGACGUCUCAAAAGGCCGAGAGUACUGUAAGGCAUUGAUCACCGAGUUGGACUUACUCAAAACUUUGAUCAGUCCAGACCAUGACAACACUAGAGAACUGUACAGGGGUGGUGACAGUGACGAGGUUGAUGCAUCUAGUGAUAUCGAGGAUGGUAAUAAAGAAUCGGGGCAGUGGCAAUGAUGGAGCAGUGCACAUGCCUGUUUGAAGCGUGGGGAGCUGCAUUUUUCUUCCCCUGUUGCGUUGAGUUAUGCUGGGUUGGACUGGAUCGGUAGACAUCAUCAAGAAGAUGGAACUAUGUGUUGCAACAGAGGGGCGCUACCGUAACGGUAAUGUUUCGAGUGCUUUGGAGUCGGGUACAGGAUUCGGAAUCGUAGCAAUGCAAAUCCAUAUUAGUA